UGUACUCAGAUUAUAAAUCUUAUACGUAGGCGUGGCUUCACAGCACAGUUGUCUGGAAGAAACCGCGCGUUUCACGUCUGUUAGUAGAAAAGUUGAGUACUUUUUUCAUCAGUCAUAUAUUAUCGAACUAUUGUUUGGUUUCGUUUGGGUUGGAUAAUCGGGACUCUACUCUAAAUAUAAAGGGAAUCAGAAGGGAAGGAGGAGACGAUUCAUAAGGAAUCAUGUACUGCCCAAGGCAUGAGCAUUAUUUCCAGUGACAAUGGUUUAUAGUUGGCUUUCUCAGUUCCUAUAUUGAUAAUGUUUUCGGUCCACCUUGUGCCUAAAUGUGAACUUAGUUCAUUGAUCCUCUACAGGAAUUCUGAAAAAAAUACCGGAUAUUAAAGUUUUCUGUAUGUAGUAUGUUUUUUUUAAAUCGUACGGUAUAUGAACUCUAUAACGUGGUGAAAUGAAAUAUGUACAGAAAUAUUGCCACAAAUACGAACGUGCUAUAAUCAUCGAGGACUUGCCUGCUGGACAGAUAAAACAUUUAUCUCAUUGUGCUAAUAUUUAGAUUGUGAUAAACUGACACUAAGUAAACUUCAACGUUGGUUGAGUUGUCAGGGUGAUGGCAACUUGGGCGUGGUUUGAGGUAAUGCCUGAUGUGUGAACAGCACUUGCAGCUCAGAUAGAUACAUUUCUGUAUCGCGAGUAAAAGUUGUUGGCGUUCGAAAUUUAUCUCCCAUUUAAUGUAAUAUGCGUAUGAAAUGUAUUCAAGUUCGAAUGUAGUAUUUCUAUUGAAUAUUCUGGUAUUAAUUUUCUUGGUGAAGGCAGUCAUCUCUGUCAAAGGCCAUUGUCCAGCUCGAUGUGUUUGCAGUACCAUCGAAGGAAGUUGUGUGGAGUUAUCCCUUACGAAGUUCCCAGAAGAAAGGUUUCCCGGAAGCCUGAUGAAACUGGAUAUCUCUAGAAACUUAAUCUCCGAGUUAGGCGAAUACACCAUCAGGUACUGGAUGAUUGUUUCAUUGAGAAAACUCAACUUAUCCAAUAACGCUAUAAAUAGAAUCAAUGAACAGUCAUUGAUGGGACAGAGUGGAUUAAAGGAAUUAGACCUAUCAGGGAAUGAAAUUACCACCAUUCCUCCUAAGACGUUCGUCUACCCUCCACAUCUGCAGUGGCUUUCCUUGGCUAAUAACGGAGAACUUGAAAUGCCAGAAGACGCCCCUCUCCUGGAAAGCUCCAGUUUGAAAGUUUUGCAUCUGGAACAUUGUAAUAUAGACAGAAUAUCUGUUAUAAAUUUACAGAAAGUCAUGGAACUUGAGGAAUUGUACAUUUCCCAUAAUAGAAUUGAAGUUAUAGCAACCGAAAAUGAAGGAGAAACAAGUGCUUUGAAAAAUUUGAAGGUUUUAGACGUAAGUCACAACCAGCUACAGGAACUACCACCAGAAAUAUUGGCAUUGCUUAGCCUUGAAACCUUGGUCCUGAGGAAGAACAAGUUGAAGGUGCUGGGUGAGAUGAAAUAUUCGGGUGAAUUUUGUGAAAAAGAUUUGUAUGCCGAAACACACAUUAAAACUGUGAGUAGUUGAUAAAUGCAGUUAUGUUAUGUGGUCAGGAGUAGCGCCUGUCAGAUGUAAGGAGGAAUUAAAACAGUCUAAAGAGAUGACAGAUGAAUUAUAAAUUUUUCUUGGUGAUUGUGUUUGUGCACCUCUGGGCAGGUAUAUGAGUAAAUAUUUUAAACUUAUGUAAGAUGAGAGAAGAAUUAAAUUACUGUGUUCAUAUAAUUUGAGAAAAUAAGCUCUUAUGACGUUAUUUAGAUAAAUAAUUUAAAAGAGGAAUUCCAUAUUUGUUCCAAAAUAACCUAGUUUAUUGGCGAUAAACCUAAUAUUGGGUAGGCCUACAUUUUAUUAUUUUCACAUUGAAAGACAUACACAAAUAAACAUUAGUUUAAGACAUUCUGUGGUGUGCUGCUUGUGUUAGUGUUGUAUUUAUUAGAUCAUAAUAUAUGAGUAUAAUAACGAGUUUAGUGAAGUUUAUCGUCAUUAUAUGGCGUUCACAAUCUCAGGUUCCGAAGUCCAUCCAUAUUCUGGAAUGAAGUGUUAUGAUCUGCUUCAGUUCACUUAACUUUUCAUUCUUACAGUGUAAUUCUGCAUACGCAUGUUGCACAAACCAUGACAUUUUCUUAUUGCUUGUAAUAUUAAGACUAGUAUAAAUGAAUAGAAAAUUGCUGGUUUGUGUGUCGUACAUUCUCUAAGUGAAGGUUUCCAAACACAUUUCAUGGAGCUGGGUUUUACUUUUGAAGUUUCGACUUUAAGGAAAUAAAUUCCGAAAUGACAUACAUUUAUGAGGAUUAUGAAGAAAUAUCUGGACCAUCUAUGUACGCGGUGUUUUGCUUUUGUGCAAAAUUAAGACAUGGCAUGGAACUGAAAGUGAUCGAUUUAAUGUGUCCUGAUCAGAACGAAGGGACCGUGUAAAGCGUCUUUUGAGUUGUUCCCCGUCCAUCCGUCCGUAGAGCUUUCGCUAGUUACUAGAAUGGUAUGAAAAUGUACAUCAGGUAAAUAGGACAGUCUAAGAGUGUGAACUGGUUGUAUG